CCGAGUCAACUCCGAAAGAGCUAUCCGACGCAGCUAUUUGAGUCGAAGCCAUUCUGCAAGCCUCGCUUCGUCUUGACAGCCUUGUUUCCGUCUUUUCGCAUUCGAUCGCUCCAAUUCUCACACGACGCGCCCAUAAUGCCGUUCUACGCAGCGCCGAACCACCCGAAGCUUCCCUUCGACCCACCCGACUCUAUCACAGUGGGCGAUUUUAUGCUGGACGAAAACUAUGGCCGACACCCACUUGGCUACUCGAGGCCCAUGUUUACGUGCGGUAUGACCGGGAAAGAAUACUCGGCUCUGGAAGUACGAGAGCGUGUCGACUACCUCGCCCGAGGGCUGGCGAAGGAGCUGGGUUGGUCCCCGAACUCUGGUUCGGAAUGGGACAAGACUAUUGGCGUUUUCUCCGUAAACACGCUCGAUACAGUCCCUCUGGCAUGGGCCACCCACCGCCUGGGUGGCAUCCAAACACCAGCAAACGCCGCUUACAGUGCCGCCGAACUUGCUUACCAACUGAAGAACUCAGGCGCGAAAUGUCUCUUCACUUGCCUCCCUCUCCUUGCAACGGCAAAAGAGGCGAGCAAAGAAGCCGGAAUACCCGAUGACCGUAUAUACUUGCUGGAUGUUCCCGAGGCGCUCAGUGGAGGACUGAAGAAGCCAAAUGGGAUGAAGACUGUGGAUGACUUCAUCAGCCAAGGCGCAAAGCUGGAUCGUCUCGAACCUUUGAACCUGGGACCCGGGGGUGGUGCGACGAGAACAGCUUUCCUCUGCUACUCCAGUGGCACAUCAGGCCUACCGAAAGGUGUGAUGAUCUCUCACCGCAAUGUCAUUGCAAACACGCUACAGAUCACCGUACAUGAACAGGCGGCGCGGAAAACCAGGCAACAGCCCGCUACGCAGUCCGACUAUACGGAGACUGCGCUCGGUCUACUCCCAAUGUCGCAUAUCUAUUCUUUGGUGGUCAUUUGCCAUGCUUCGGUCUAUCGCGGCGACCAAGUAGUUGUGCUACCCAAGUUUGAGUUUGCUCAAACUCUGGAGGCCGUCCAGAAAUACAAAAUUGCCACAUUGUUCCUGGUCCCGCCCAUCAUCAUUCUCAUGACAAAGAACAAGCCACUCCUAGACAAGUACGACCUGAGCAGCGUAUGGGCAAUCUUCACCGGCGCAGCACCUCUCGGCGAAGAGACAGCUACUGAGCUGGUAAAGCUCUUCCCUAACUGGAGUGUCAGACAAGGCUACGGUCUCACGGAGACAUGCACCGUCGUUUGCGCGACUCUCCCCGAAGAUAUUUGGUUCGGCUCCUCUGGACCCAUCUUACCCGGCGUCGAAUGCAAGAUCGUGACCACCGAAGGCAAAGAAGUAACUGGCUAUGACCAGCCGGGCGAGCUCCUCGUGAAAUCCCCCAGCGUCGUGCUCGGCUACCUCAACAACGAUAAGGCAAACGCGGAAACCUUCCAGAAUGGCUACAUGCACACCGGCGAUGAAGCCGUGAUCCGGAAAUCUCCCAAUGGCAUUGAGCAUAUCUUCAUCGUCGACCGCAUUAAGGAGCUCAUCAAGGUCAAAGGUCACCAAGUCGCUCCUGCGGAGCUGGAAGCCCACCUUCUCACCCACCCGGCCGUCAACGACUGCGCCGUUAUCCAGGUCCCCGACGAGAAAUCCGGCGAGGUGCCCAAGGCUUUCGUCGUAAAGUCACCUUCUGUCGGCAUCGAGGAGAACAAUCGCGUAGUGGCUCGUAGUAUCCAAAAGCAUGUCGAGGAGCACAAGGCGCGUUAUAAGUGGAUUACUGGCGGAAUUGAGUUCAUCGACGAGAUCCCGAAGAGUCCGUCCGGCAAGAUCCUGAGGCGGUUUUUGCGCGACAAGGAGAAGGAGACGAGGAGGAAGCAAGGAAGCAAGCUGUGA